AGUUCAGAAAUAUAGAUGGUGGCCACAUGCGUGUGGCUGUGCAGUUGUGAAGUAAAUAAGUGAAAUAAAACUGCAACUACUCAACACUUGCAACAUGAAGGACACACCGCUGUCUAACUGUGAGCGGGAUUUCCUGCUCAAAGCCAUCGAGGAGAAAAAGCGCCUGGAUGGACGACAGACCUACGACUACAGAAAGAUGAAGAUCACGUUUGGGACUGACUAUGGGUGCUGCUUUGUGGAUCUCGGAAAAACCAGGGUCAUGGCACAGGUGUCAGGUGAGCUGGUGGCUCCUAAAGAGAAUCGACCAAACGAGGGAAUCAUGUUCUUCAACAUUGAGCUGUCCCCCAUGGCCUCACCAGCAUUUGAACAAGGCAGGUAA